CAUAUAAACACGGUGUAACCACGAGGGUGUAAACAAACAACAAGCGUACCAUUACCACUUUUUUCCAGACACAGGCACAUGUACACAGGAUGGAGAUAUUAGGAAGCACGUUUGACGACUCGGUGUUCUCGGAGGCGAGGGACCGGGUGUCGGUGUCUCUGUCGUCCUAUAACGCCAAACUGUGUGAACCAGAGUGGUUCUGUGAGGGUGCAGCUCUGGACACUGAGGAUCCUCUGGAGAAGCAGAAAGUCUAUAAGUUUAGAGCUGACCUGGCUGUGAGACAGGGGGACUAUCAGAAAGCUUUGGAUGCGUACAGCAGCUGCCUGGAGUGGAUCGCUGACAACAACCUGACAAUCAGAAGAGAUGUACUGGAGGGAAUGGCCCGCUGCUGCACCAAACUGGGACAGCGAGUCAGGGCGCUGGACUUGGCUGACUUGCUGAGCAAAGACGCCUCCAACACGUGUCACCUGACCAGCCUCCUCCUGCUCAAGGUCAGCAUCUACCAGCAUUUUGGAGGCGUAGGAUCCAAGAUGUCCUCUCUGCAGCAGCUGUGUAGCCUGCUGCCCUUCAACCCCUGGCACUGGUACAACCUCGGGCAGACGUGUCUGCAGCUGCUGGAGAGUGACAGAACCACGGGACCGUGUUCCCCACAGAGGUGUGAAUCAGCAGAGCAGCAGCAUGAUGAAGUGACUGAGGAGCAGCAGGAGGAGGCAGCAGAGCUUGAUGAGGACAGAAUCUGGCUGAAAGCUUGCUCCUGUUUCAUCAGGACGAGACUCCUGUUGAGAAUCCUUCGGCAGCAGCAGUCCUCCUUUGUGCUGCAGCGCAGUGAAAAAACCCUACAGACUUUAGAUGAGGUGUUGCAGCGGCUAAAUCCCAAAGAAACAACCCUGCAGGCUCUCACUGAGGUGGUGUCAGAGGACCUGAUCCCGGAGAAGAUGAGAGAGGACUAUCAGGACGGGGAGAGUUUGGCUAGUGUGUGUCUGCAGAACUUCAGGGAGCGCUGGUGGAACAAGAUCUUACUGACCGGCGUGCUAGAGACUGAUGGCCCCCAGCGUCAGACAGACACAAAUUCUUGAUGCUCCAGUGAUUCCUGGCUGUUUGCAGGAAGAAAGGACUGAAGAUGGUUCUGUCACUGUGUUGAUCCCAUCAUAGAGCAAAAGAAACGGACCGAAUGAACCGAGUCAGGCCCAACUUCUAAGACAGAAGUGGAGACAUUAGGUCUGCUGAGCCUCACAACACAAGUCCCCAUACAUGUGGAAGUACACGAGUCACAAAAGCAAGUUAAAUAUUGACUUUAAACGCUGACAAAAAAAAAAAUCACAAUAUUCAAAAGUAUAAAUCACACCUACAGAAUGUUUCAUGUUCGCCUCUGAACUGCACAGUGAAUGUAGUCGGUAAUAACUUACUAUAUCCAACAAACCAGACAGACACAGAUAAUGUUUCAUCCACUUUAUACACUGUGUUAUAUAAUAUAUGACAGUGAUUCUGUUCUGCAUUGAGACUUUUUAAAUGUUCUGCCUAAAAUGUAACGUAUGCCUUAACAUUAAAACAAUUUUAUUUUGUGAAAUAUUCAACUUUUA